AUCAAGUUUAGGAGGGCUGACGGGGCGCACGAGACGUGCCGAGUCUGUUGUAUUGUCGGGUAGUGGGUUUGCUUAGAUAUUGUUGGGUUCCUUCAGUUUUCAGACGCGAUAUUUUUGUACACAACCCCUAGAAGAAAUCUGUUUCCAAAUGGUUUACGUUGGGCAUCGUGAAAUAAAUGACCGUGAUUUACAAUCCCCAGAAGUGGCGCGUGACCGAAGCUCCACAAGCACGAGAGCUCCUCAGAUCAAGUCUGUAGUUGGACCCAGGAUCUGGACUUUCCACAUUCCUCUCUCUGUACAACACCUUUCCGUAUGAAUGGAUGAGCACCUUCAGACUCCGGUUAAGAUUUCCGCUUAAAAAGAUUAGAUUAAUUUAUUUCUCUGCUGAGUGACCUUUGUGUCGUUUAUGAUUUUAUGAUUUAUGCAGUCUGUCAUGUGGGUGUUUUGGCAGCAGAAUUCUCUGGAGUGUGUUUCCAUGAGAACGUGAACAAAAAUACAAACGGACUCUUACACAUCUGCAGACUGGAUGAACCAGCUUGUUGUCGAAUUGCCCGCAGUGGAUGUAGUCACUCUCCAAGUCAGAAACAAGUGUGGAUAGAAAUACGUCCCUGAGGCAGAACGCUGUUUCUCUUGGAACUAGAACCCUCACUGAGGACCACCUGUCUGUUAACUCCAGUGGAUUUCUGUAACACAGCUCUGGUUCUGGUGGCUACUGUGUGCUACGAUGAGCUGGGCCACAGAGGACUGGACCACAGGUCUCUCUGGCCGCGUCCUGCAGAAGGUUCAGGAGCUUCAGGCGCACAAUGAGAAGCUGAACCGAGAGAGGCAGCAGAGGCAGCUCCAGCUGGACAACUCUGAGGCAGCCCUGCACAAGCAGAAGCAAAAGUAUGAGGAAGUGCGUGUGGAGCUGGCGGCAGUGCAGAGGGAGCUGGUGGGAGUUCGAGAGGGGGCACAGGCGGAGGGGCGAGCGAGGGAGCGACUGGUCCAAGAGCUUCAGACGAAAGCUGCUCACGUGUGUGCUCUUGAGAACCAACUGGAGUCGGCCAAAACACUUACACAGAAGCUCACACAGGAGGUUAAACGCCUGGAGGCUGAGCUGGAAAAGCUACAGAAGGAUAGUCUCUCAGGAGACUCCAUGUUGUUUUCCACUCCAUGCUGGAACAUGAACUCACCCUGGGAUCCAAAUGGUGGUAAGAGUGGUCUCAGAGGAGAAUGCGACACUAAAGCUCACCAUGUCAGACAACAGCUUCUGUUUGGAGACAGCCCCAAACCCUCAGUGGGUGGAGUUUCAUCACUGUUCCCUCAGCAACCCCACAAAACCCCAUCCCUCCGAUGUGGAGUCCUCCAAUCGGAAGCACAAACCCACUCCUCUGUGUUUCCGUGGGAACGGGAUGACACAAGGUCCACUCCCAGAGGAAGACCAGCCUCCUCCUCCUCCAUCUCCAGUGAUGUCGUUGUUACAGACACUGAUUCACAGGAUAAUGGGAUUGCGGGGGCGCUGAGGAGAGAGAGAGAUGAUCUGUGUGUGCGUGUCUCUGGGCUACAGAAAGAGCUGCAGGUGGAAAAGGAGCGCUGCAGGGAGUCUGAGUCUCGUCUUGCUCAAGCUCAGAAAGAGCUCAGCAUAAAAGAGCAGAAUCUUACUCGCUCCAGAGACGAGUUGGCCCGUGUACAAACGCGCGUCACACAGGAAGGGGACCGGGCCCAGGCAGCUGAACAGCGUGUGAAGCAGCUACAGGAGGAGUUGAAGUGUCAGAGGCAGAACGCUGAGACCAGCCGCUGCAAUGCUGAGCAGCGCAGGAAAGAGAUGGAGAGAGAGCACCAGAAAGAGUUAUUGGAACUGCAGAGAGAGAGGCAGUCCAUGGAGAAGCAACAUCAGCAGGAGAGCAACAGACUCAACCAGGAGAUACAGCAAGCAAGAACAGCACACAACACACUACAGGCGCAGUACGACAAGCUGGCUCUGCAGAAGCAGGCAGUGGAGAGAGAUCUGGAGGGAGUGCAGGCCCAGCUGAAGAACACACAGGCUGAUCUCACUGAAAGUCAGAAGAGGGAAACUCAGACACUGGCAAAACUCACGGAGUCACUGAGGGAAAGUGAGACCCUCAGAGUGUCUCUGGAGCAGCUGAAGAAGAAGGAGAAAAGUCUGGAGGCAGAAGUAAAGAGACUAACUGAAGAGUUAGCUGAAGCGCUGAAACUCAUUAAAGAGCUGCAGGCCCAGCUUGCAGCUCCUCCUGCACCAUUGGUCUCUCAAUCCUUUACUCCUGUGACUGGAGAUGGCUUGACUCCUGUUCUCUCCGUCCACUAUGAUCGCGCUCCUCCUUAUCAGCACUCAACUCAGAAGAAGAGAGCUCCAAAACUCGGAAGACCAAGAGAAAAUGACCAUCCAGGGACGCUAACAUAUCCACCAGACAGAGAACCUGGUGAAGGUAUUGAGUCAGAACAUGUCAGUGAACUUGGAUCUGGAGACUCUGUGACACUAAGCAUCAAAGAGCAUGAAGGGAGUCAGCACAGAGCAGGAAGGCCUGGUGAAAUUGACAUGGACAGCUCUAUUACUGAACAAGACACAGGGAUAGAAGAUACAGACACAGACUCCUAUAUGUCUGAUUCAACCAGUGAGCGUAUGUUUAAAGAUGAAGGUUUUCCACAGACAGACAUUCAUCGUGACCAAACCAAAAACUCAACCUCAUCCCAUCAGGGACAGAAACAGGAUUCCUCUUCUAUAAAGGAGUUAAAGAAAGAGAAUGCUGCUCUACGGGAUGAGCUCAGGGACGCCAAGCAGGAGCUGGAGCGACGUCUGGAUGACCUUGAGACUCAGAGGUGUGCAGAAACUGAGGCCAGGACCAAACUGAAGCAGCUGAGCAAGAAAUACUCAAGCCAGGCUGAGCAACAUCGUGCCAAGGCCCAGGAGUUCAAAGAGAAAGGAAGUAAACUGGAAGCCCAGCUGGAACAGGAGAGGAAGGAGAGUGCUAGACUCAAGGAACUGGUAGCUACUUUGGAGACGGAGGAUGUAAAAAGACAGGAGGAGGGUGAGAGAGAAGAGGAAGAGAGCAAAGAGGAGAACAUCAGGCUCAAAGAGACCUUGGCUGAGAUGGAAAGAAAGGAAGAACAGCUUGAAGAAGAAAAGGAGAAAAUGCAAAAGGAACUUGAGAAGCUUCAGUCUGAGCUUUUGCAGGAGCGAGAGGACCGAGCGAGGGAGAGGGAGGAGGAGAAGAAACUACUUAAGAACAUUGAACUGGAAGGUCUAAAAAUUGCAGAACUUCAAGCAGAGUUGGACCGACUACGAAGCUCCACUGGCCCAGAAGACAAAAAUGUAAAAGGCAACAUGCCUUUAACCUAUCUGCAACUUGGAAACCAGUCAAAUGCCACAGAUUAUGUUACUGCAGACUUUGAAAAUAAUGUUGUUUCAUCUCCUGAUGCUUUUUUCUUCUGUGAGUCUGUGAACCUUCAGAACACCCUGCUCUCCAAGGAAACAAGAAUGACGUCCCUGAUAACAGAAUAUGGCACUCAGAUAAAAUCUGCAGAUCACUCCCAACAGCUCUCAGAGGACAGUACUUCUGACAGAUAUCUUGAAGGCCAAGAACAAAACAGAGAAGGCACUGACUUAGAUAAUGUUACCAUUUUGGUCUUGGAGGUAGAACGUUUACGAGCACAGAGAGACCGGGAAGCAGAGAGGGCGAAAAAGUCAGAGAAAAAGCUGGAGGUUCUUCAGAACCAGGUGACGAGUCAGACCCAGCAGCUAACACUAGCUUUUGAGAAGCAGAGCAAGCACAUUCAAGAUCUCUUGAGGGAACUUCAAGAAAGAGAUGAUGCCCUCCAGAGGCAAGGCAAGGAACUGCAAAACUGCAGAGAGGAGAUUGCUUCUUUUAAAGUAAAUAUACACAUGGUGAAGUCAAACCCUGAACAGUCUGUAGAGGAGUUUGAGGAGUCAAGCUGUGAUUUAGUUUCUAGCAAGCAUACUGCAGAUACCCUAGAAAUGGUCAUAGAAGAGGCUUCUAACACUAGGAAAGACAAACCACUGCAGUCUGGGUGCAGAGAGAGUCAACCUGGCAGUUGGAAUGCUGAACUGGAUAAGUCACAUAUGAGUGAGGUGAAUAUAAACACCAAGGAACUUAAGUCACUACACACCUCAGACAAGCAUGGCAGAGAUUCUGCCUGCCUCAUUGAAAACACUAAAGCAAGCGAACCACUGGAAUCACCCACUGCUGCUCAGCAAGGCAGAGAUCAUGUGGUUGAGAAUAACACAGAGAAUGCAGAGAGUUACACUACAAGUUCCAGAAAGAUAAGGGAAGAGUCUCAUAUUUCAGAGUUCCCACAGUGCCUUACUGAAUACCCCACGGAUGAUGUCAGGAAGUUGAAGAGGGUAAUAAAUGAAUUGCAUGAAGCACAGAACGAGCUGUCCCUCUUGAAAGCUAAGCAUGACCAGCUGACAUUACAGCUGCAAGAAGUGUCCAAGGAGGAGUUUCUGUUCCUCAAGCAAGAGAAUGAACAACUGAUAUUAAAACUGGAAUUAAAAACCAAAGAAACAUGUGCAUCACAAAUAACUCUUGCACAAAAUGAGUCCUCUCAUUUGACAAACGCUAAAGCAGAGAAUCCAGCAGCUGUAAAUCAGGAUCAACACCAUGCUGGCAAUUCCUCUAGGCUGAGGGAGGCAGUGGGACUUGGUGGAAGUUCCAGAGAUGGCAGCAGGGAGAAAAGUGGAGAGAGUGAAGAUGAGACAGCCCACACUCACUCUCUUCAGGAACAGGUUCAGGCCCUGCAGUCUCAGCUCCAGCUCCUCACUGAGCAGAACAGAGAACAAGCUGAAGAGCUGCAGCUCUGGAGACUCUCUGCCUCGUCGCUGGGGGAAUCCAUGGAUGACCAUGGCAACGGUAGCCCCAUAAUGCUUGUUCGAGAGGACCAGCUAGUCCUCCCGUGCAGCCCCACUGGUUUACAUAUGUACAGCCAGCAGAGCAGCAUUGGGGAGUACAGAGAUCUUUCUCAGCCUAAUGAUUUUUCUGCCCUUGAGACUGGACAGGAUGAAAGAGAUAAGAAACUCGCAUCACAGAACACAGCAGAAAAGUUUCAACCAGUGCUCAAAGCCAAGGAAUUAAUUGCAAACAAUGACUGCACAAGGAUCAACGUUGAUGAUCAACAUAAAGUGGACAUCACAGCCUUGGAUGUUUAUAGCACAUUUCCAGUCUCAUCUUCUGGAAUGGAGAAAUCUGGAGACAAGUAUGAUUCAGCUCAUACUGUCAAAUCAAGAGGACCACGAGAGGAGGCUCCAGGAGCUGUCUUACUCAGCCUUGAGGAACAGUCAGAUGAAAACACUUUCACAACAAAAGUCCAAGAGGAUUGUUGUGCUAUAGCCAAAUCUGAGACCAAAGCAAUUGAUCCAAAGCUGAAUUCAGAGCCGUCAAAUUGUAGUGAUUCCCUGAAGCCUUGCCUCAAUCGUGAUGAGGCAGUUACACCUACACUACGCCUUAACACACUUGGAAGCACGACAGAUCAGCAAAAUGAGCACCCUGCUGCUCUUGGGAGACAGACUGAUAACUCACAGAGGCAGGAUAAUGUUGUAAUAAAGUUUCUUGCUACAGAUCAAGGUUCAAGAUCAGAGGCUGUCAAGGUCGCAGGCAAUGCAGACCACGCAGACACCAAAGAAGUGAAGAAUGUGUCCACUCAGACAGAAGAGUGUAGUGAGUGGGCAGUAGAGGAGGUUGGAAGGUUCAUUGCCCCCAAGGAGAGAAUGAUCCUAAUGCAUGCCAGCACUCAAACCCAGGUUGAAGAGGUAAACCAGCCUGAGGAUGUUGAUAUAGAAUCAGUUGCCUCACCUUCCUCCUCUCCUGUCCCACCACCAGAGACAGAGAAGGUCCUGUUUUCUGGUGCCUUCCCCAUCCCAGCUAAUCCAGCUCAUCUAGCCGAGCGCAUUCGACGCAACCGCAGCCGCAUGUCUGCAGCGUAUGAUGACACGGAGUAUGAACCCUAUGGCCUGCCCGAGGUCGUCAUGAAAGGUUUUGCGGAUAUCCCCAGUGGUCCAGCUUGUCCAUACGUUUUGCGUAGGGGGCUUUUGGGGACUGACUCUCUGCCCGUUUCACUCAGAGAGCCACUCGGAGAACCAGAGGAAGAUAUUGACCCAUAACACAGUCUCGUACUGCCGCUGAGAUGUCUUUGAAGCUGCCUAUCUCAUCUUGAAUGUUAAUGGCUUCCACCCCACACCCCCCGAAUAAGUAGUGAAUGCUAGCUUUUUUGAGUUUUGGAUUUAUGAAUUUCAGCUUUUGGGAGAAUUGUAGUAGUAGUGUAGGUGUUCUAUGGUUGGAAAAGCAAUGCCUUAUUAUUUUGUGCAAAUAUGUUUGCAGGGACUUGUGACAUGCUAGCUUCAGUUUUUAAGAACUUGAUCUUUGUGAAUAUACUUAUUUAUAGGUUUUGUUAAUGAGUUUUUUUUUAUGUGCUGCUGUAGAUUGAUUGAUUGCUGUGAAUAUUGUAGAAUAAAAACUUGGGGUGAGUGUGUGUGUGUGUGUGUGUGUGUGUGUGUGUGUGUGUGUGUGUGUGUGGGGAGUGUGACUCAGGCCAACCUGAGUCUGUUUCCGCUCCUUGUAUGGUGUUGAAGUGCAUAUACACACUCUUGUCUGGCUGCUCCACAGUGCCUGGUUGAGCUUAUUUCAACAAGACAUUUGUGUAGUUCACUUCUCAUGGGAAAAGUUCUGAAGUGUAGUUUUUUUUUUUUUUUUUUUCUUUUCUAAAUUAAUAUAUUGAAUAUUGUACCUUGUUCAGUUGUAGCAUGUACACUUGUUAAUAUUUUUGUUUCAUAUCGAACAAGGAGGGUUUGGAGUGCUGUAUGCUUGUAUUUUUUUCGGAUUUUCUAUUAAUUUUCUUAAUAUUUAAGUUUCUUGACUAGUUUGAAGUUUCAUCCCCCCCUCCACUGACUUGAGAUGUACAAGUUUACACUAAUACCCUAAUAAAGUCUGUGAAGUGAG